UUCAGUUUGUUUAAUGAUCCAUUCUGUACUAUUAACCCCCCCUCUGUGCUCAGGUCCGACCGGCUGCUCGAGCACUGCUCCAUCGCUCUGGUUGGGAAAUACACAAAGUUCUCCGACUCGUACGCCUCGGUGAUCAAAGCUCUGGAACAUUCUGCGCUCGCCAUCAGCCACAAACUGGAGGUCAAGUACAUCGACUCAGCCAAUCUGGAGCUGUCCACGCUGCAGGAGGAGCCGGUGAAAUACCACGAGGCCUGGCAGAAACUCUGCAGCGCCGAUGGGAUCCUGGUUCCUGGAGGGUUCGGGGUCAGAGGAACUGAAGGAAAGAUUCACGCCAUCAACUGGGCGAGGAAACAGAAGAAACCCUUCCUAGGUGUGUGUCUCGGGAUGCAGUUAGCUGUGUGCGAGUUCGCCAGGAACACACUCGGCUGGGCAGGCGCCAACUCCACUGAAUUCGACCCCGACACAAAGCAUCCUGUGGUGAUCGACAUGCCCGAACACAACCCGGGUCAGAUGGGCGGCACCAUGCGGCUCGGGAAGAGACGCACCAUCUUCAUGACCAACAACAGCGUGCUGCGAAAACUCUACGGAGACGCAGAAUAUGUGGACGAGAGGCACAGACAUCGCUUUGAGGUGAACCCAGAGCUGAAGAGCCACUUUGAGGAGAAAGGUUUCCGCUUCGUGGGUCAGGACGUGGAGGGAGAGAGGAUGGAGGUCAUCGAGCUCGACGAUCAUCCGUACUUCGUGGGGGUUCAGUACCACCCAGAGUUCACCUCCCGCCCCAUCAAGCCCUCCCCCCCGUACCUGGGGCUGCUGCUGGCUGCCGCCGGGAAGCUGCCGGGGUAUUUAGUGAAGGGCUGCCGGCUAUCACCACGCGACACGUACAGCGACCGCAGCGGCAGCAGCAGUCCAGACUCAGAGAUCUCAGAACUCAAAAUGCCUUCACUCUCUAACGAAUGACUUUGAGCUACAAAAUAAAAUGUUCGUGUUUUCAGA